ACCGUAGUCCUUUCUAUCACGCGUCGAUCACGUAGGCUGUAUCAAUUGUGCAACGUGAAUGUUGAUUAUUGUCGGUGUUGAUUAUUGUAAUCUCGUGAAUUGUUAGUGCGUUACAAUCGCGGAACAACGGCUGCCGUGGAAUUUGCUGAUGACAGAGGUAUUAAGUAAGAAGAUUAUGUGGAAAUUUUUAAUCAAUGACACAUCUAACCUCAAUGUACUUAGACAUCUUUUUGCACCAAAUUAAAUGUCCGUCGUUUUGUGAACUGAUUCAACAAGCUAUUCAAUAUGACUGAUACACAAGAGUCAGAUAAACAAGACGACCCCAUGAAAAACUACGAAUUUGAUGGGCAAACUUAUAUUUAUACUGAUAAAGCAACAAACAUAACAUAUAAGUUUGAUCAAGAGAACAAUAAGUGGGUGGUGAAGGAAAAUAAUGAAAAGAAUUCCAAUAAUAGUGCUAAUGAGACUGAAAAGAAGGAGAAUGUUAGUUCUGCAGUUCACCCAUCUGGUAUUUUUGGCUUCGAAAAUGACACACACACAUAUACGGAUCCAAACGAUGGCAGCAUGUAUAUCUGGGAUAAAGAGAAGAACGCCUGGUUUCCCAAGGUCGAUGAAGAUUUUAUGGCUAAGUACCAGAUGAGCUAUGGUUUUACUAACACUAGCACGCCAAAAUCAGAACCACAGCCUCCAGCACCUCCUCAGAAAAUUAAAGAGGAAAAGGAACAGAGGAAGGCAGAAGCCAAACGGAAAGCUCAGGAACCACCGAGCUGGUUUGAAGUUGACGAGGCACAUAACACUGCUAUUUAUGUGUCUGGCCUACCUCUGGAUAUUACCAUAGAAGAGCUGACGCAACUCUUUACCAAAUGUGGCCUCAUAGCUAGAGAUGAAAAAGGAAAAGACAAAAUAAAGCUGUAUAAGGAUGCUGCUGGUGAGCCAAAGGGGGAUGCUCUCUGCACCUACAUUAAGGUCGAGUCAGUAGAUUUGGCGCUGAAGAUUUUGGACGGCUCGCAAAUUCGCGGAAAGACGUUGUCGGUUCAGAGGGCGAAGUUCCAAAUGAAGGGCGAGUACGACCCGGGGUUGAAGCCGAAACGGAAAAAAAAGGACAAGGAGCGGCAGAAGAAGAUGCAGGAAAAACUGUUCGAUUGGCGACCGGAGCGUAUGCGGGGUGAGCCGUUGAAGUGCGAAAGAGUCGUCAUCAUAAAAAAUCUUUUCACGCCGGAAGAUUUCGACGAGGAAGUCCAGCUGCUUUUGGAAUAUCAGCAAGACAUCCGAUCAGAGUGCCUGAAGUGUGGUGACGUCAGGAAAGUUAUCAUCUAUGACAGACAUCCUGAGGGUGUAGCGCAGGUCACAUUCCGAGAGCCGGCAGAGGCGCAGGCUUGCGUGCAGCUUCUGAACGGUCGUUGGUUCAGCCAAAGGAAGAUCUCGGCGGAGAUCUGGGACGGCAAGACCAAGUAUAAAAUUACAGAGACUGAUGCGGAGAUCGAGGCACGAAUAGACAAAUGGGACAAAUACUUGGAGCAGGAGGAGCAGAAGAAGGAACAAGGGAUAAAGAGUAGCAACGAAGCGCAAAAAGCGACGCAAUAAAGAAAACAUACAGAAAAAUGAUCGGUAAAGUCGUAACCGUGUCUCCAAAUCUAUUUUUCUUUUUUUUUCCUAAAUUUCAAAAGUCCUUGUCGUCCUCUUUCGCGCUAAAUAUUAAAUUUCAGAUUUUUUUUUUUUUUUUUUUUUUGAGUGGGGGCACUUUGAUAAGAGACAGUGACAGAGAGAGCUAUGAUUAAUUAAUCCUGGCAGGACGACAAGGUUAUGAUUGUAAGUCACUCGCAUUUUUUGUUGGUAAACCAGCGUUACAAAUGUAUUAGUAUAUUGUUAGUCUCUGUUGCAACAAUAAAGAUAUCUCACGGA